GCCUCAGUGUGUGAGCGUGAGUGUGAGAGUGUGUGUGUGGAGCCUAUUCUCUAAAUAACCUGUUGAGCCAGUCAAGUUAACACUCAGUCUCUGGAAGUAGCAGGCUCAGCUCAGCUCAGCUCUUCAACUCUUCCUCUUUCUCCUGGAUUUCCUCUGAACUGGAGCUGAGUCACUCACCAAACCACCCAGAGGGACUCGAGGAAAAACCUGCUGAAAGGGGAAAAAAAGAGUGGAGACAUUUGGCUGAAAUUACCUCAGUGGAAGGAUUUUGGACUGAAGGCUCGUGUGAAUGCUUUUCUCUGUGUCGUCCCACUGCAUGUGUGUCUGCCUGCAUUUUAAAUGCGUGUAGCUGAAAGGAAAUCAUGUCAGCGAUACACACCUGGGCUUGUUUCCUCCUUUGGAUCAGCUUCACCACACAGAACAAAACCCCAGAUGUCACCGUGAGGUGCUUCGUUUCAGAGGAUUGCAUGCUCCCCUGCAGCUUUCAGCCCGGCAGCAACGAGACCAUCGAGUGGUUCAGGCAGGGCGCGGUGGUCUACAAGUUCAAUCAGAGCAAAGUGGGUCAUUUCAAGCAUGAGCAGCUCGCUGGAAGGGCCUCCAUUUUCCCAUCUCUGGUAUCCCGCGGAAACGCCACCCUGGUCCUCCGGAGCAGCGGCCUGAAGGACAGAGGCAUGUACAGGUGUCACGUGCACACCACAGAGGGCGAGCACGACGCCAAAGUCAUCCUGAAGAUAGAAGCCCCAAUCCGAGGCCUGGUCCUGGAGCUGUCCAGGCUGAGUGGCUAUGAGGAGAUGAAGUGCACCGUCCAGGAUGUCUACCCGGCCCCUCGAGUAACCUGGGAGACCGAACCCCAAACUUUCGAGGACCUCCGGCCGAUAACACGCAUUCUGGCUAACAAGAAGGGUCUGUACAAUGUGGACAGCCGUCUCAAGAGGCUAACUGGACCCCCUAACCUCGUCUACAUUUGUAAGGUCACCAUUUCCUAUGGCGGACCCACCUGGACCGGCUCACUCAGGGAAAGAGAAAUCAAAGAAUUUCAAGGGAAAGACCUGACCAUCCCCUGCAGCGCCCCCAGCUACAUGAACAACCCCUCCCUCCACUGGACCUUCUCCAAUAGCGAGCACCCCUCACCCAUCUUCAACUACGACAGCCGGUCGGGCAAAACCAGGUCCUCACCGGACUGGAAGAGCCACGUGGAGCUGGACCACUUCAGGGUCCAGUUUGGAGACGGCUCACUGAGACUCAUGGACCCGAAGCACUCCGAGCACACGGGCAGAUACACCUGUGUCUUCUCCAUGCCGCACGGCACACACACCGAACGCAGUGACGUCACCAUCGUCAGUCCUGAUGCUCAUGAAGCCACAGCAGAACCUCCGUCUCACUGGUGGAUUCUCGGACUCGUGGCUGGACUACUGAUUUUGGUUCUAGUAGGAGUCCUGGCCUACAGGAAGCUGAAAGGAGGAAACGUGAAGUCCAGAAAAGAUCCCGAAGCGGUCACUGAGCUGCAUUCAGUAAAAGGCGCAGCUGCAGGAGAAACCAACCUGAGUGAGAGCAGCCCUCUGACGACAGGCAGCACCAACGGACAGUCAGACCCCCAGGCUGGGUCUAAGCUGACCUGAGACCAGUCACUAAUGAAAUACUAACACAACAAACACGCGCACUGCUACACACUGAAGAGGAACUCGAAGCUUCAUAGAAAGAAAAAGUCUCUUUAAUUUUUUUCUUUUUUUAUGAGAGUACACGCUUUAAAAUGACUGUUUGGAAAGUCUGGCUGCAUCUUCUCUGAUAAACAGCUACACUGUAAUGUCUUCCUGAGGAGCCUAGAAAAACCAGACUCUGUUGAAAGAUCGUGGUCCUUCACCCAAAUGAGGCCCAGCUCUGGGGGAUACUCAGGAAUUAGUGGAGCAAAGUUUGCAGAGCUGAAAGCCGCUUACAGCUGCUGCACAGCUUUAAGGCCCCGCCUCACCUUACACAGCAGUUAUGUAGCUGGCGUUGGCACAAAUAUAAUUUUGGAUCAGUAAUGAGUUAAAAAUCCUCGUGGAGUGUGUCCCCACAGCUCUGUCCUCCCCUCUGGUACAAAGGUCACUGAAGAGGAAAAUAGGUUAAAGAUAUUUGUACCAUGUGGUUUUUGUAGGGCAGGAUUUCAUACUCCAACAGAAGUGAAAAGAUACAUUUAAGUAGAGCAAUCCACUAAAAUUUGGGCUCCCUCUCUGUCAACUGAAAUUAAUUAACUAUGCAAAUUUUCAUGUCAGCUUUUUCCAAUGUGGAGUUAAGCGUGAAAAACAUCAGUGAGUUACUUCACCCUGAUUAUUAAAUUAACUGGAUUUACAGCAAAAUCUCACUUUUUAAAAUGCUGACGUGAUCAGGCCGUUAUUCUCACAGCAACCACUGAACACUACAAGAAAAAGAGGUGUAAAUGUUUUUAAUAUGUUCAGAAACUGUUGUGUUAGACUGUCACCGUUCCUCAGAGGCACUGAGAGCAGGAAUAUUUUUUUUUAAAAAAGCAACAAGAUGAAUCAGAAGAGGUUCUGUGAGACUCUUAUUUAUGAUUUUAUUUUAAAGUGUUGUCUUUUGUCUUGAGGUUGGAGUCCGGUCAGCCCGGUGUUUCUCUCUCAUGCUUCAGGGUUGAUGGCAGAUGAUAACCUCACAUUCGUCACUACCUGCAGUGUCCUGCUGCCUUUACAUCACUGAGCUUUAAAGGCCUCUGUACGAGGUCAGGCUCCUUCUGGGAACUGUUACCUGAAGUGUGAAAAUGAAUGUAAAAGUAAUUCACUGAUAUGACUGACACUGCACACACACUCAUGUCAAUGUUAAGCCUGCUGUUAGUCUACUCUCCAUACAACACCGAUGUUUCAGGAAUUAUACUAGACCUCCUUUCAAAUGUGUCAUAAUAAAUUCAUGAUAUUACAAAAGGACUAAUCUGUCAUUGAGCGUGCUGUAAUAAGUUGUAAUAAUGUAAUAAUAAAUAGAAGCUUGGAGUCUCAAUAAUGGGUUUCACUGCACACAGGACAUAAAAAUAUGGAUGUCUGGAUGAAUUGAAGCCAUUGUUGCUUCAUUUACAGCAUGAUUGAAGUACAGCAUAAAAUCAUUUCUGCAGGUCCAACGACAGAGUGUGAUCGGGUUCAGGUCUGGACUCUGACGGGGUCAGUGCAGCAUUCUGAUUCUGUCACAGAUUUGUCCUGGUCCUGAUCUCCUCACGUCUUCGGUCCAUGGAGGAGUUCACGGGUCUCAGAGGCUUUCACUCGACUGUUUGCUGGGUUUGUCUCUCCCGAUGCAAAACACCACUAUACUGAUUUCCUGCUGUCCUGAUCCAUGUUUCAGUGAAGCUUUUAAUGCCUAAAACACAUUUUUUAUGGAAUCUGAACAGUGGGACCUCACUGUAGAGGAUCUUUUUACAGGUGUUACAGUGUUACAGGUGACAUGAAACACUGUUAUUAAAGCUCUGCAGGUCCCUGCUCAUAUAUCAGACCCUCCUCUAACCUGGGUCUCCAAACUCUCCCACACUCAAACUUUAAAACCAGAGGCGCUCGGGCUUUGGAGAUUUCGGCUCCCAAACUCUGGAGCAGCCUUCCUUAUCCCGUCGGCUCGGCUCGUUCUGUGAUUUGUUUUAAACGACUGCUGAAAAACACAUUUUUAUAGGUCAGCAUUCCCUCAGUCUU